GUUUAGUGUGCUUUACCGUGAAUGGUCCGCUUGCCGGUUUGAAACAGCGUUUUCUGAUUGGAUUAGUCUACUUGGGCGUUGCAUUCUGAUUGGUCAGUUGCUUGCUCCCGGUAUCCGGGUAAGAUGGCGACGGUAGAUGAGUGUACGGCCAGUGCUCCAUGGCGGUCGGUUUCCCUAACACACGUCGAGUAUCCCACAGGUGACUUCACAGGCCAGCUCCUCGCAUAUUCAAGUCUCUUGCCAGUCUUCAUUCUCGUGGGCUUUGUAACACUCAUUGUUUUUAAGAGAGAAUUGCACACUAUAUCAUUCUUUGGAGGGCUGGUGCUCAAUGAGGGAGUAAACUGGUUGUUGAAGAACAUAUUUCGGGAGCCCAGACCAUGUCGAGGUGCUCAUGCCACACUCACUACAGAGUACGGGAUGCCCUCCAGUCACUCCCAGUUCAUCUGGUUUUUCUUUAUGUACUCUUUCCUCUUUCUUUAUUUUAGAAUGCAUCAAACUAACAAUGCCAGGUGUCUUGAGCUGCUGUGGAGACACAUUCUGUCUACCUGUUUGCUAAGUGUGUCAGCCUUCGUUUCAUACAGCAGAGUGUAUUUGCUGUACCACUCCUGGAGUCAAGUUAUACAUGGAGGGGUAGCAGGGAGUGUCAUGGCAGUAGCCUGGUUUAUCUUCACACAGGAGUUGCUUACUCCACUCUUUCCCAAGAUAGCAGCGUGGCCAAUUUCUGAGUUUUUCCUAAUCCGGGACACAAGCCUCAUUCCGAACAUUCUGUGGUUUGAGUACACAGUAACACGAGCAGAAGCUAGAAACAGACAACGAAAGCUGGGAACAAAACUGCAGUGAUUUUUCCCGAAGUUCAUUGUUUUAACUUGGAAAGGACCACACACACUGGAAAACCUGGACUGACCAAUGAGAGAGGGGGUACCAUUUCACAGACGGACCAAAGGAAAUGCUGGGACUGACCUGCAGCCUGAAGGAGCCAAUGGGCUUGCAUCUGGUGCUUGCGCAGCUUGCUAAUUGCUCCCUGAUGCAUGUGUGACCGUGCAGGAGUCUGACAAUUUUUUUUAAUUUUUUUUUUUUUUUUAUUAAAUCUAUUUUAAUCACAAACGCACGUUGGCAGUAAAACAUAGUAAAAGAAAAGUACUUUGCAGUGUGUAUCAGAAUUGGGAGCAAAAGAAAAAUGGAACUGUGGGGUUGAUUUCAUUACUAUCAUUGGCAUGAAAUUAGUUUUUUUUUUUUUUUUUUAAAUAUAAAGCAGAGUUGCAAAUUUUUUUCUUCUUUUUUUAGUGGGGUGGAACUUUGUUUUGAUUUUCCUUUUUGAUCAUGCAUUUCAGAAAAAAGUGUUUCAGCUUUUUUUUUUUUUUUACACAAACAAAAAGGAAAAAAACAACCAGUCGAAAGUUUAAUAUAAAUUAAAUUUGCACUUUGUAAAGAUUAAAAAAAAGGGAAAAAAAAGAAUUUACUUUUAUUAACACUAGUGGCGUGUGUGUGUGUGUGUGUGUGUGUGUGUGUGUGUGGGCAGGGAGGAACUAAAAUGUUAUCCCUGCUACUUUACCUGUGCGUCUAAGUGCAACUGUUUUUUUUGUUUAAGUAAUUGUUAUGCAUCCUUUCAAGUGUUGGCAUUAAGACCAGAGCAAACUAAGCAACUAUGAAGAGCAACAGUUGCUAAAUAUUUUCUACAGUAGUCCUGGUGCAAAUAGCGAAAACAUUUCAAAUAUACAGUGGUAGAUAAACUGCUGCAUCGUGGUACCUAUGCUGUUGGUCAAAUGUUCUAAUUACAGCAAAUGACUUUGAACUAAAUUCACUGAAAGCAGCAGCAGGAUUUCAUCCAUAGUGUUGUCUUGGAAAUAUGUGCAUAUUCCUAAACUGAAGUAAAACGUGAAAGCGAAGACAGUUGAAAAAGGAGACCAGUAAUGCUAUUGCUAAUGAGGUUGAAUUUAAAGCUUUUAAAAUAGGACAUUAGACUAUUUUCCUACCACCUUUUAAUCCUAUUUUCAGCUUUUGAUAUUAUCAGGCAGCAACUAAUUAAUAAAAAUGACUUUUUGACAACUUUCAAGUGAACCUGAAAGUGUGACAUCUGGUAGCUUUACCAAACAGGCAAGGGAAAUCAUCUUUUAAAAUAAAAUAAUGAAAUAAUUAUAUAAAUAAUGAGUCCUGAAAUGAUGCCUAUAACUGGUCCCAGGUUUUGCAUGCUGGUUAUAUUUUGUAUACCACACCAGGAGCCCUUCAUCGGUCAAUCUCAUCUUAAGCUUUCCCUUCCCUAAAUUCUCAAUUGUAUUUCCAUUGAAAAUCGCUCCUAGAAAAUAGGGCACUUUAUAGUACAGUUGGUGGUGAGUUUGAUCAAAAAGUUAUGUUAGAAAGAUUAUGGCUUGACCUAUCAUUUUUUAUUAUGUUGAACGUGUUUUUAAAUAAAUAGAAACCUGUUAAGUGUUUGCAUGGUUGUGAAAUUGA